UUAAGAGGACGAGCGGCGGGUUCCUUGUCUGUGGCGGCGACGUGCGGCCUUCCUCGCGCGUGCACUCGGCCCGCGGGUCGGCGCGGUGGAUCACGCCCGGCUGGGGGGCUGACGAGGAGUUGCCGCAGCUAUGGAGGACGAAAUGCCCAAGACGCUGUAUGUUGGAAAUCUAUCAAGAGAUGUUACUGAAGCCCUAAUUCUCCAGCUGUUCAGUCAGAUUGGACCAUGUAAAAACUGCAAAAUGAUCAUGGAUACGGCUGGAAAUGAUCCGUACUGUUUUGUGGAGUUCUAUGAGCAUCGUCACGCAGCUGCAGCUUUAGCAGCUAUGAAUGGACGGAAGAUAAUGGGUAAGGAGGUCAAAGUGAACUGGGCAACAACCCCCAGCAGCCAGAAGAAAGAUACCAGCAGUAGUACCGUUGUCAACACACUGCGUUCACAAGACCACUUCCAUGUCUUUGUUGGAGACCUCAGCCCAGAAAUUACAACCGAAGAUAUAAAAGCAGCUUUUGCGCCAUUUGGAAGAAUAUCGGAUGCUCGGGUUGUUAAAGAUAUGGCAACAGGGAAGUCUAAAGGAUACGGUUUUGUGUCUUUCUUCAAUAAAUGGGAUGCAGAAAAUGCAAUUCAACAGAUGGGGGGACAGUGGCUUGGCGGAAGACAAAUCAGGACGAACUGGGCAACACGCAAACCUCCAGCUCCAAAGAGUACCUAUGAGUCAAAUGCCAAACAACUUUCUUAUGAUGAUGUUGUAAAUCAGUCCAGUCCAAGCAAUUGCACUGUGUACUGUGGCGGUGUUACUUCAGGCCUAACAGAACAGCUGAUGCGCCAGACGUUUUCCCCGUUUGGGCAGAUAAUGGAAAUUCGGGUCUUCCCAGAUAAAGGGUACUCCUUUGUACGGUUCAAUUCUCAUGAAAGUGCUGCGCAUGCAAUUGUUUCCGUCAAUGGCACCACUAUAGAAGGGCAUGUCGUGAAAUGUUAUUGGGGCAAAGAAACGCCAGAUAUGAUCAAUCCUAUCCAACAGCAGAACCAAGUGGGAUAUCCCCCACCCUAUGGGCAGUGGGGCCAGUGGUAUGGAAAUGCCCAGCAGAUUGGCCAGUACAUGCCUGAUGGCUGGCAUGUCCCUGCAUACGGAAUGUAUGGACAGGCGUGGAAUCAGGGAUUUAAUCAGACGCAAUCUUCUGCAGCAUGGAUGGGUGCAAAUUACGGCGUACCGCCGCCUCCGCCGCCACCCCCGCCUCCACCCCAGGGGCAAAAUGGAAGUGUACUAACGAGUCAAACUGGAUAUCGGAUGGCAGGUUUUGAAACUCAGUGAGAGAAACACAGAAGGACUCUGGAAUAGAACAACUGGCGGCUUUGAGGCUAAAUGGAGCGUUGUAAAUCCCUUUGUUUACUUUAAAAAAUCUAUCCAAUCAAGUCAGUGCAAAAGUCAAACAGUAUUUAUUUUUAAUCAUGAAAUUUGUUGUCCACAUUUUUUUAAAAAGACACACACACAGGAAAUACUAGAUGCUGGAUAUCUGCCAACUUUUGCCUUCUUUUCCUCUUUUAAGAUGUGUUUCUUAAGAUCCUUGUUUGAAACACAACUAAUGCAGGGAUUUCUGCCACUUUUAGAUUGGGGCAGAAAAUUGCACAAUGUCAAAACUUUUUUUUCCACGGAAGUAGUGUGCAGUUCUAGUUUGCAUUCCUAGUAUGACUCAAAAUGUAUAUGAAAGAAGUUGUACAAAAGAAGAAAAAAACCACGCCAAAACUGUGUGAAUUCUGAAGGUUUGUUGUGAUCUUCAGUGUGUGCACAAUUCUGUUUUAAAGAGAGCCUAUUGUAUAAAGUGUCCAUCUCCUCACUUUUGUUAUACUGGGGCUUCAAAUAUAACUUAUUGGUUUACAUUAUUUUGUAUCUAGACAUUUUUCAAAAAGUGUUUUUGCCUUACUGUCAGCUAUUAAAUUAUUAAACGGGAGUGGCGGUGGGGAAGUCAUAAUUGACAAAAGUAGUUGUACAGAGCUCCUGGAUCCAACUCUUCAUGUUGUUGCUAUUGUUAGGUGUGAGAAGGUGCCUGGGAAGUCCCUGCUGAAUUUGCUCAAUGAUCUUUAUCUUCAUUGAUGAACUUCAGCCCAGUUUCAAAUAUUAAAAAUGUGACACAUUCUUACAAACCAGCUUUUUUAAAUCUGUCAGUUUUUACAUUUACAUGUAUCCUUUAUCAUGUAAACUAUUUUAGCAAAUUAAUAUUUUUCACAAAAGUUGGUCAGUUUUUGUAUGUCUCCUUUUUUGAAAGGGUAAGAGGCAGAGAGAUUUGAGUACGAUUUAGGCUUUGGCUUUUGCAUGUGAAUAUCAAAUACAUUGUUAGACUUUGAAUAAACAGUCAUGCACUCAUUUUUCAGAGACAUGUAGAGAAUCCAUUGGUCUUAACUGUUAGCAAUGUUUUGCUCAAGUGGAGUAAGUUGGACUUGAAUUAGCAUGUACAGGUAGAGCUGUGAAAUCAUGUAGCAUUAUGUGAAUCAGGCCAGGAGUAUGCGGAAUGCACCCAUUCAGCCUGAAGGACCAGCUCGAUAAAGCAGUUUGAAUUGUUCAGAGGCCAAAAAAUCUUGCUAUCCUACCUCCUUAACUAGCCUUCAGAGAGUGCAAAAAAGAAAACUACCCCUAGAUGUAGUAUUUAUUUAUCCCUGUUAAUGUCUGGGCAUGUGGAGGUCUUGGUUUUUUGUUUUGCAUUGGUUGUAGUGGAGCAAUUUGGGAUUUUUGAGUUUACGCUAUACAAAGCGUCCUGUGACAACAUAUUUUAUGGAAAGAAGUGGUCCCUUGAGAGAGUAGAACUAGUUUAGCUUUGGAAGUGUUGGUUCUGUUUGUCUCUAUUUUGACCCCUUAUUUUCUUUGAGGAUUUUUUUUUAAUUUUCUUUGGGCGGGGAGGGUUAGGAAGCUGUUCUAAAAUAGGAAAGCUUGCUGUGGAAUCUUAUUUUGCAGUGGGCAGGGUAGAAGAAAAGACAAAGUUUACAGUGAGAAAACCGCGUUAUCCUUGACUAUGUUGACCACUGACAUUCUGUAAAGUAAGUUAAGCCAUGGUUUGAAAUUCCAGGGAGCAGGUCAGUGCAGUUCUGUUAACAACAUGGCGGUUGAAAAAGCCUGUUGCUGCCUGUAGACAGUGUUUGGCCCCCAAAUAAUAAGGCAUCCCCAAAAGACACCUUUAAUGCCAUAGGUUUUCCCAUUUAUAUACCCAUGCUGCUUCUUAAAUUCAGGGUGGGAGGAUCUUAUUUCUGUUUACCACCUCUGCCUGUAAAUUUCUUUCAAAAGAGGACAUGAAUAGGUUUGAGGUGAGUCUGGUGCCGCAUUGACUUUUCUGUGUGUAUUCUCAGCAGUAGAACUGCCUAGGUUUAGUCUAUUUAAAUUACUUUCACUAAAACAAUCUGAGAUCCUAUUACCCAGGGUUUUUUUUAAAGGUUUUUUAUAUCUUGUCAUUGCCAGGGUUUCCCUCUCUGUUUGGACACCCAGGAAGAAAUGAAGGUCAGUUGACCAUAAAUAGUUAAAGCUUUGAUACAUUUCAAAAUCAGGAAGUCUUUGAAGGGGGAAGGCAAAGAGGAGAAAGUAACAGCUUUUCAGUAUUAUUUAAGAAGCUUGAACCAUCUUAAAGCUUCUCAAUUAGGCUUCAGAGUAUGAGAAAUACAUGGAUGGAGCUCUGUAAGCUCUGCACUUUUUAUUAUGAAGGUUGUUCUUUUUGUUACCCUGCUGGAGGUCGCGCUUGACUUCUGCUACAUGAGCCAGAGCAAAAGCUUCCCAAAUUCUAGCUUUAUUGGGGUUUCCUUCCUUUGCUGUAACUUGUCCACAGUAGCCAGAAAAUAAAAUAGGCUAACAAUCACUUGAGCCUAUUUCUUCUUACUUGUUACCCUUUUCCCUGCUUUUAGUUUUAAGCAUCUGCCAGGCCUUUCAAGUUAAAAAGGGAGCUUUCUUAAUAUGAGAGAUGUAAACACCUUUACAGGUCUCAGUGAAGGAGGUUGCUGCCUGGGGAGUUUGGUUUGGUUUUCAGCUAGCAGCCCAUUUUUGUGUCUGUAUAAACAUUGAAAGCUUCAUUUGAACUAAUGUAUUUUGAUACUUGUGUUUUGAAGUUCAAAAACUUCACUCCAGAAGCCGUGACUUUUGAAAGCCAUUAAGAUGUUAAUAAAAGAUGUGAGCUUGCA